GAGAGAGGGCUCAUCGCUCACCAAUAAUCCCUUCAUAGUGAACUUGUGACCAAGUGAUAAGAGUAGAAGAGGAACAGAUUCAUUGUUGAGGUCUAUAACGGUUGCAAAAUCCGUUAAGUUGCCGGGAGCAUUCCGCGCCACAGAAACUCAGAGUCUGUCUCAGAGCAAUGGCGAGCAUCACUACAAUGCUCGUUCGUCCCAAUCUAAUGCCCUCUUCUUCCGAUCUGGUUUCCCCUCCUCUCCGUCGAUCUCUUCCUCCCGCAGCUAUCCGCUUCCGGACCUCCAGAAAAUCCACCACUCAUAAACGUUUCCCCCUUUCAGUCUCAGCUGCUUUACAAGCUCUAAUAUUCGACUGCGAUGGGGUGAUCCUUGAGUCCGAGCACUUGCACCGCCAAGCAUAUAACGAUGCGUUUGCACAUUUUGACGUUCGUUGUCCGAAUUCGACGUCAGAGCCUCUUAAUUGGAGCAUCGAGUUCUACGACGAGCUCCAGAACCGCAUUGGUGGCGGUAAACCUAAAAUGCGAUGGUACUUCAAGGAGAAUGGAUGGCCAUCUUCAACGAUCUUCGAGAAGGCUCCGGAAGAUGAUGAGGACAGAGCAAAGUUGAUUGAUAUUCUUCAGGAUUGGAAAACGGAAAGAUACAAAGAAAUAAUCAAAUCUGGAACUGUGAAUCCCAGGCCUGGAGUACUAAGAUUGAUGGAUGAGGCAAAGUCUGCCGGCAGGAAACUUGCUGUAUGCUCUGCAGCUACCAAAAGUUCAGUUAUUCUUUGCCUUGAAAAUUUUAUUGGAAUUGAUCGGUUUCAAAAUCUUGAUUGCUUCCUUGCUGGUGAUGAUGUGAAGGAAAAGAAGCCUGAUCCAUCCAUUUAUAUAACAGCUUCAAAAAAGCUGGGCGUGUCAGAAAAAGAUUGUCUAGUGGUUGAGGACAGUGUCAUUGGCUUGCAGGCUGCUACAAAGGCUGGAAUGCAGUGUGUCAUAACCUACACAACUUCCACAGCUAACCAGGAUUUUAAAGAAGCGAUAGCAACCUAUCCAGACUUGAGUGACGUAAGAUUGAAGGACUUAGACUCUCUACUACAAAACGUUGCCACGACAAGAUAGAAAGUUGGUCACAACACUGAAUUGAUUAGAAAACCAAGAGCUUCCAUGAAAUUUUUUGCUGCUGAUAUUGUUUUGGCAUUUCCACAUCGUACAGGUGUACAUGUAUAUUUGAAUGGCAAGAUUUAAUAAUAAAUAUAUUUUUUCCAAUCA